GGGGAGGUGGUGCACUGGCUGGCCUGUUGGCUGGAUGCAGCCUGCAGGAAGGGCUCCACUCCCACAGUGGGUAAAGGACUGAUGGAGGGAGGAUCCUUCACUCGUCCAAACUCAGGUCAGACGCUGGCGCCUCUGCAGGACAAUAAUCCACUGUGUAAUCCUUCAAACUACUGGAUCAUGAACUAUGUGUUUGCAAACUCAGGCUUUGCCAAAAGCUACCUCAGUCUGAUCCAGUUCUUCUCUAAGAUGAGGAAGUGGGCCGACAUGUCCAACCUCUCGCAGGACUUCAGGCUACAAAUGGAUGUCGAUAACAGCCUCGUGGCCUCUCCAUUAACCCCUGCCGUUCCCUGGUUCCCUCCAGAUGAGUCGUGGCCCCUCCAGUCAGGAAGCAGCAGCGGAGAGCUCUCUGGAUCAGGAGAGGCCCAGGCCGAGGCCCUGUGGUGGGGACACCACCUGCAGGUGGCGCUGGUCAACACGGUGGCCUUCAGGGGCAUCUGGCAGAAGCAGUUUCUGUUCACCAACUCCCAGAACCUGCCCUUCAUCCUGUCUGAUGGGACUCCCAUCAAGGUGCCCAUGAAGUACCAGGCUGCAGAGGUCAGCUUUGGUCAGCUCAGGACGGGAUCGGAUCAGCGCUACACGGUUCUGGAGCUGCCGUUCCUGGGCCGCUCCCUGAGCCUGCAGGUGCUUCUACCCAGCGAGAGGAAGACGCUACUGUCCUCCCUGGAGGCUCAGCUCACACAGCGCCACCUAGCGUCCUGGGACACCGGCCUGCGCAGAACCAGGAUGGACAUCUUCCUCCCAAGAUUCAGAAUGCAGAACAAGUUCAACCUGAGGUCGGUGCUCCCCGCUAUGGGCAUCAGCGACGCCUUCAACCCCACAGCAGCCGACUUCACCGGGAUCUCAGUGGAGGAGGGUCUCUAUGUGUCUGAUGCCUUCCAUGAAGUCAGGAUAGAAGUCACGGAGGACGGGACCAAAGCAGCUGCUGCUACUGGGAUGGUCCUCCUCAAAAGAUCCCGAGCUCCAGUUUUCAAAGCAGAUCGGCCGUUCUUAUUUCUACUGCAACAGGUUCACACAGGUAUUUACUUCACAUCAUACAGAUGUUUUCAAUGUUUUAGUCUAGAAAAGCACCCUAGUCAGGGUAUGCUGUUUGACAUUUUAGUUUUAGUAUGAAAAUAAAUAGAUCUUUGAAUGAGUUGCACUGAUCAGACACCACAGAAAUACUCAGUGGAGCAGACAGGUUUGAGCUGAGCAUCAACAGGUGACCUAUCCUUGAGCUCCUGGAGGGUUUUUGUGAACAGAAGCUUUGGAACACGUGUGUGAAUUACUCCUGUUGGACCUUCUCUCUCAGAAGUUUAAAACUGAAAUUAAUAAAUAAUCUGUUUCUGUUCUGUGAUUCAUGUUCAGUGGUGAAAUAAAAAAACAUCCAGGAAACUUUUCUACAUUGAUGCAACGUUUCCCAGAGCUUCAUCUGAUGACCUGAAACAGAACUGACCUGCUGAUGGAGGACCUGUUGAAGAACCCUAACUCUGUAACUGAUGAAGAUAAAGAAGAAGGUUUUCCUGUCAGGUGUACCUGAUGAUGAUGAAGGUUUUCCUGUCAGGUAUAAUUGAUGAAGAUGAAGGUUUUCCUGUCAGGUGUAAAUGAUGAAGGUGACGAUGGGGGACGACUGGGGGACCCUGACGGGGUGAGCUGGUGUCUUCAUUUGCACAACUGACUUCCCCUCUUGGACGUCCCUUAGUUCUGCCCCUAGUUCUGCUGCUACAGGCCUAGGCUGCUGGAGGACCUCUCUGGAUGCACUGAGCCCUUCUCUAUCUACCCAUUAUAUACAAUGGUAUACCAUAAAUAUAUGUUCCAUUAUUGCAUUACACUCACUCUGUUUCUCCCUGUGUCCUUUCUCCAAGUGUCCCUGAUCCCAGAGCUGGAUGCUUCAGAUCUGUGGUGGUUCUCCCACCAACUGGCCUAAUCUCCAUCUGUGGGAUGCUGCUGCUGCUGACCUUCCUCCAGCCCACUGCUUCCAGCUGCCCAUUUCCAUCAAUCUACUCUGCAUCACCCUCACUAUACUUGAUUUGCUGGUCUACAUAUUUUUGAAUUUACCACCAGCUAUAUAUGUAGUAUAUUUAAUGCCAGAGCCAUACACCAUAGCAGUAAACUAUAAUCAGUUUCCAGCCCAGAGGGAUAUAUGCACAGAUUUUUUUAAAUACCAUGUAGAAGACAAUAUACAGGAAGAUGAGGUAUCAGUUCUUGCACAUAGAUAUACAACAGUCCUUUAUUACUCCCCAGGUCAGGGGAAAUUUCCAGUGUUAGAGCAGCAAAAAUCUUUCAGAGCAGCACUAACUACAGUUUACUACAGUAAAGAUAAUAAUUAUAAUAACAAUAAUAUAUACAAGAAUGAAAAAUGAAUAAAUACCGUAUUACUACACUAUAAGUGACAUCAGCAUAAA